GUGGAACUCGCUGCUGAGCAGCCAUCGAACCACCCACGAACCACCCUCGAGCCCAUGCAACCAUGAUGUAAAGGACUCGACGACAUCAACCCAAGCUUUGUAGAUACAAGUAACAAUUCCAUUGCCAACCACCAACGCAGCCAACAUCAUCAAAACCAACAACAACAACCCCCACCCCCCCAAAAUGAACCUCGCCGUCUUCUCCGCCAAGCCUUACGACCGCGAAUACCUCACCCUCGCCAACAGCAGCCUCCACACCAACCCCACCACCACCACCACCACCAAGCCGACCACUCCUCACCCCCCACACACCCUCACCUUCCACGACUUCGCCCUCUCCCCCGAAACCGCGCCCCUCGCCCGCGGCGCCGACGCCGUCUGCGUCUUCGUCAACGACGUCCUCUCCACCCCGGUCCUCGAGACCCUCCACGCGGGCGGCACGCGCGCCAUCUUCCUGCGCUGCGCGGGGUACAACAACGUGGACCUGGCGGCGGCAGAAAGGCUGGGCAUCGCGGUGGCGAAUGUUCCGGCGUACGCCCCCGAGGCGGUCGCCGAGUUUGCGGCGGCGCUGCUGCAGACGCUGAAUCGCCGGACGCAUCGCGCGUAUAAUAGGGUGAGGGAGGGGAAUUUUGCUUUGGAUUAUGGGUUGAUGGGCCGGACGUUGAGGGGGAAGACGGUGGGGGUCGUGGGCACGGGGAGGAUUGGGGUGGCGUUUGCGAGGAUUAUGGGGUUGGGGUUUGGGUGUCGGGUGUUGGCGUAUGAUCCGUUUCCGGCGGAGGGGUUUGCCGAGUUGGGGGAGUACGUGGCGUUGGAGAGGUUGUUGGGCGAGAGUGACUAUGUGAGUUUGCAUUGUCCCCUGACGGAGGAGACGCGGCAUAUUAUUAGGGGGGAGACGUUGGGGAUGAUGAAGAAGGGGGCCAUGCUGAUCAACACGUCGCGUGGUGGGCUGGUGAGCACGGAGAGCGUGAUUGCUGCGCUGAAGAGCAAGCAUCUUGGCGGGUUGGCGCUGGACGUCUAUGAGGCGGAGGGCGCGCUGUUCUACCAGGACCACAGCGCUGAGAUCAUCCAGGACGAUGAGCUGAUGCGGCUGAUGACGUUCCCCAAUGUGGUGGUGUGCGGACACCAGGCUUUCUUUACCGAGGAGGCCCUCACCGAGAUUGCCGAGUGCACGAUGCGGAAUCUUGAUGACUUCUACAACAGGGUACCCUGUAAGAACGCGCUUGUCAAGGAGGGCCAUGUGCUGGCCAGGCGGGAGUCGCUACCGGUUCGGAUCUGAUGUCCGGCGGAAAGCUUCGUUUGUUGGGUGGGAGAUUUGAUGUUUUACGGGUUGCUUGGCGGGUGGUUGGCUACGUAUUGAUGAUGUAUUGCUACGACUUUGAUGACUAGGUGGGCACGACCGGGCUGUUUACAGAUUCUUUGAUGUAUCGCUACGACUUUAAUAACCAAUACAAGAACGCCUUUCUGGGUAC